UCACAUAUAGGAGCAGUACCCAAAAUCAUGAAAGGGAGGAUCAACGGGAAUUACAGCGCCGGAGGAGCCGAAACACUGCGCGGGAACAAUAUCUUCGAAACAUUAAGGACGGACCAACAAAAAUAUGUACAUGCUGUGGAGGAACAUGGUUUUCAUCCCAGGUAAGUGGUUUGAAUCAAUUUCUUAUAUCUUCUAAGUUCCCCAAUAUGAACGUAGGCAACUCAUUUUAUUUAAGUAGGAAAUUUCCGAGUCCGUCCGGUAUAUAUCUAUUCUGCAGUACAUGCCGUCAAGCUGUUUCCAAAGGCAGACUACCAUCUCUUUGUCUUUCCAAUGGCUUAGACUUUCCAGAAAUUCCGGAGUGCCUUAAAAACUUAACGUGUCUGGAAGAGCGCCUUAUUUCUCCUCGAAUUCCGUUUAUGCGCAUUAUCUCCUUAGGAUAUGAAAGGCAAUGCGGAAUAAGAGGAGCGGUGGUAAAUGUUCCUAUUUCUGUCCCAGACACUGUAAGUGCGCUUCCCCGAUCGUUUAAUUCCACACAUGUAAUCCAAGUUCACCUUAAAAGGAAACUGGAAUACUCCCAUAAUUUUAUGACAGAAACUAUUCGACCAGCUCGGGUCCUUGAAGCUGUACGGUAUUUAGUUAACACUGAACUGUACAGAAAACACAAUAUCAUAUUUGAUAAUGACUGGCUUAACCAAGUUGGCGAUAGGGAAGAAUUACCUUUUAUCGCAGAUGAAUCUGAUCGAGAAGAAGUUGAACAACUAUUGCGACAACAGCUUUAUUCUCAACAAAUCGAUCAACAAGAAGAAGAGCUAAAUCCAGGCGGUCAUGAAACUUUAUUAGAAAAUAACAAUACUGAGCUCGAACGUAUUGCUUUGGCCCCUGGGGAAGGCCGCCGUCCAACAAACCUAACCCUAGAUGAAGAUGCGGAAGAACUUUCGUUCCCAACUAUAUCUUGCGGUGAAAUAUUUAAGGCCAAUGUGACCUAUGCAAAGAAAGCUAGAUCACAGAUUCGUUUCUACGACCGUCGUUGUGCAGUGGUACCUAAAGUCCUUUAUAUGUACAAGUUUUAUGAGAUGCAGCGAAUUCAAAACACAAUUUCCAUCGCCCUACGAAAAAAGUCAGGUGCGGUAACUGCUGCAAAUAUAAGGGAUGAAUCAUUUGUUGACAGACUUGUACAGCAUGACGACGGGUAUCAUAUUCUUAAAGGUCUACGUUCCGCCCCAGCUCAUUGGGAGGCUGAAAAAAAAAAGUUAUUGCCAUGA